AUGGAGAAAUUUAAAUCUAUUUUUUAUUUUAAAAAGCAGAAGCGUGUUAAGGAGCCCACUGACAUUGGAAAUGCACUUGGCAAAUCCAACCACAAACAGCACAAGUUGAGUUCAGAUCCCACUUUGAUAAAAGUGAAAGCAGUUCGGUCUGAACCAACCAUCACCGUACGAUUUCAAUCCAACGGAUCACAUCGCGCGUGUGUACUUAUGUCUCAUCGAAUCUGUGUGACACGCACUCAGUCUCCCUCCUCCCUCACACUUGCUCCUCUUCUUGUCUCUGCAAUUCCCGGUGGCGGAGAAACCCUACCCACCGUCCAAACGCCGUCGUUCGCUCCUGAACCUCACUAUUCACGUGUUUUCGCCACCGCUCGGAAAGGAACUGGUUUCCAUCAAUCAGGGUUUCUGCUAUUUUUCUUCAACCCCAAAAUUGGGAGGUUUGAGAAUCAAUUUGUCGUCAGCUGCUAA